AUGGAAAAUUAUCCAUUACUAUUUAUGCCACCUUGCGUUAUUGCCAGUGCUGGAAAAAGUACUCUUGGUAACUUGCUUCUCGACCAACCACAUGAUGACGGACCUUUUGUUGUUUCAGAUAGUAUGGUGCGUGGUCAUAUAAUAUUUUAUAUAUCUAUUUACUCUGAAGCUAAAGAUAUACCAAAUAGGAUUCCU